CAAAUUCAGACCUUAGCUAUGCCAAAUAAGACAUCAGUCACAGAAUUUAUUCUUCUGGGACUUACAGAUGAUCCAGAGCUACAAAUUGUGAUAUUCUCCUUUUUGCUGGCCACAUACCUACUGAGUGUAAGUGGAAACAUGAUCAUCAUUACAUUGACACUGUCAAAUGUUCACUUGAAAACGCCCAUGUAUUUCUUUCUCAGAAAUUUUUCCUUCUUAGAAAUUUUAUUUACUACAGUCUGCAUUCCAAGAUUUCUGAUCAGCAUUGCUACAGGGAACACAGCUAUUUCCUAUAAUGCUUGCAUGGUACAAGUAUUCUUUUUGAUCUUUCUGGGAGCGACAGAAUUUUUUCUACUGGCUGCAAUGUCCUAUGAUCGUUAUGUGGCCAUCUGCAAUCCUCUGCACUAUACAGCUAUCAUUAGCAACAAAGUGUGCAACCGACUUGUAAUUGCCUCCUGGUCAUCUGGUUUUCUUGUCGUUUUCCCCCCAGUGAUCAUGGGCCUUCAGCUGGAGUUCUGUGACUCUAACAUCAUUGACCACUUCACUUGUGACUCUUCUCCCCUGCUACAGAUUGCUUGCACAGAUACAAAGAUACUAGAGCUGAUGGCAUUUUCCUUAGCAGCGUUCACUCUCAUGGUAACUUUGGCUUUGGUGGUUCUCUCCUACAUACUCAUCCUUAGAACAAUUCUGAAGAUAUCCUCUGCACAGCAAAGAAAAAAAGCCUUUUCCACUUGUUCCUCCCACAUGAUUGUGGUUUCCAUUUCAUAUGGAAGCUGCAUUUUUAUGUAUGUAAAAACAUCUGCCAGAGAAAGUGUGGUGCUAAAUAAAGGAGUUGCCUUGCUCAACACCUCUGUAGCUCCUAUUCUGAAUCCCUUCAUUUACACCCUAAGGAACCAGCAGGUCAGGCAGGCAUUCAAGGACUUCACCAAAAAAUUACUGCCUACAGAGAUGCACUGA